GUGAGCUCCCUCUAGGGUAAGCAUGCACAGCCCCAGCGAUCCACCUUGGAGUCAGCCUCGACAAUGACAGCAUCGAACGGUCGUCUUUCCAUCGUCAAUAUUUGAUCCUGCAGGAAUCGUUCGGCACUAUCUACCCGAAAGUGCCAAAUGGUCGCUUCUUCUCGUGAAGACUUACCAUAAAGUGCAGUGUGGCUUUGCUCAUGAACUUGCCGGAUCCGGACGCGAGGCACCAUGACCGUUGGCGGAGGGGUUCAUCAACGCGCCGUAUGAGAGAUCUCACAAUCAGCCGGGACGCUCAACCGCUGGGCGAGGCUCAGAGCUAGGCGACUCGUCCCUGAGUAUGAUGCUCCAGCAGUGAUUCAAUCAGAAACGCUCGGUACUCACGAUGGUCUCGCGUCUUGCAUCGUGUACAUAAGGACGAACGCUCCCCACGCGACCACUUGGCGAUGAGCAACAGCAUCAUCAACUUUCUCUCGCAAACACCAGGCAGCACCAGGAUGGGCGACACUCCGAAAGACAAAGAGGCUGCAAACUACAUAGCGGCUGCUCAACAGCGCACAAUGCCGGCCCACCUCGCGUCGCCUAAAUGGCGCGAUCUCUCAACCAGCAUCAGCACCGGAUUCCAGGACGAAGAGACAUACAUGAGGCAGCGCGAGAAGCUCCAGCAGCAAGAAAAGUCUCUUGCGUUCGAUUUUCGAUGCAAGAGUCGGGCGACCGACAAGGAAGUCAGGGCGAACAGUAUCAUCCAGGCGUUAAGGAGAAAUGACAAUCAGAACAUUUACGGCAACGCCACGCCAAGGAUAGGACAUCAGGGGCAGCAGCAUGGACGAUUCGCUGGUGACCAUUUUCUUUCAGAUGUCGAUCUGAUCAGCCAAACGAGUUUAUUCAACGUGGCGCGGAGGAUGCCCAAAGGCGCCCAUCUACACGUCCACUUCAACGCCUGUCUGCCGCCUGAAGUCCUACUCAAUAUUGCCAAGGACAUGGAGAGAAUGUUCAUCACAAGCGACAAACCGCUCACGUCGAAAGAGGCCUUUGACACGUGCGAGUUGCAGUUCUCGCUCGUCUGUAAAGGCAAGGAGAAACGCGGAAACAUCUUCUCGGAAACAUACACGGAUAGACAACACAUGCCAUUUCAGCAUUUCUUGCUCGAGUUUAGAGACAUGCGGGCAGAUAUGAAGGUGGACACAUGGCUUGUUGAAAAGCUCAUGUUCAGCGAGGACGAAGCUUACAACACGCGGCAAACAGCACAUGGGGCCUGGAGGAAGUUCAACGGUCGGACACGAAUGAUGAAAGGGCUUAUUAACUACGAGACCGCCUAUCGAAGAUAUACACGUCUCCUGCUCGAAGACUUUACCCGGGAUGGCAUCUCCUACGCGGAGAUCCGGCCGAAUUUCAUGACGAGCAAUCAUCUCCUGCAGGACGAUGGCGAGAAGACGAUCGACAAUGCUGGCAUUAUGGAGAUCAUUAUCCAAGUGGUCGAGGAAUAUCAGAGGGAGAUGCACGCCAAAGGCGGCUUUUUCGGAGGGCUCAAGGUGAUAUAUUGCACGCCAAGGAGUUUCCGCAAGGAUCAAAUCGCCGAAUCUUUGCAAGAGUGCUUGGAAUUUAAAAAGAGAUGGCCGAAAUGGAUAGCUGGCUUCGACAUUAUCGGCGAGGAAGCCGCAGGCCAUCCUCUCAAGCACUUCAUACCAGAAUUUCUCCAGUUCCAGAAAGAAUGCGCAGAAGCCGCGGUGUCGAUACCUUUUCUAUUUCACUGCGGCGAAACGCUCGAUGACCCAGAGGGUAAUCUGUUGGACGCACUCCUUCUGGGCGCGAAGCGCAUAGGCCACGGGUUCGCACUGGCCAGGCACCCCUAUGUCAUGCAGCACAUGAAGGCGCGCGGUGUCUGCUUGGAGCUGUGCCCUAUUUCGAAUGAGAUCCUGGGGUUAACGGGACGGGUUGGCGGGCAUACCAUGUACGAGUUGUUGGCCAACAAUGUACACUGCACUGUCAACUCUGACAACGGGACGCUGUUUCGAUCAAGUCUUUCCCAUGAUUUCUACCAGGUCAUGGUUGGCAAGGCCGACAUGGGCCUCGCGGGCUGGAAGCAGCUGAUCUUAUGGAGCCUCGAGCACUCCUGUAUGGAGGAUUCGGAGAGAUUGCAGGCUCUAGAGGCCUGGCAGCGGCAGUGGGAGGACUUCUUGACCUGGAUUCUGAAGGUAUAUGGGCCUGUGGUGGAAUCAAAGGAUGUUGCAAGCAAUUGAGGGAAUACGAGGAUGAUACCCAGAGAACGUAAAGAUGCGAUAGAUUCAGUUGGAUAGAACCUGCAAGCGCUUGUCAUCGUUAUCAGCGAUUCGUUUCCAUUGCCCAUAGUGGCACUAAUGCUGCAUAAGACGCUUAAAUGGAGGCUGGUAGGGAUGCAGAUCGACGCGCAACUCCACAG